AUGUCCAACACCACCACCACCACCACCACCCUCCCCAUCCUCAUCAUCGGCGCCGGCCUAGCAGGCCUCACCCUCGCCCAAGCCCUCCGCAAGCAAAACAUCCCCUUCCGCAUCUUCGAGCGCGACGCCUCCCCCACCGCCCGGCCCCAAGGCUGGGCCAUCGCCCUCCACAGCAUGCUCGACGAACUCACCACCGCAAUGCCCCCAGACGUCCCCUCCCUCGACACCACAAACCACCUCCUCCCCCUCCCCCAACACACCGCCCAAAUGGCCCUCUACAGCCCAUCCGGCACAAAACACAUUGUCGAAAGCACGCCCUCGCACAAAAUCAUCCGCGCAAACCGCGCUAAACUCACACAGCUGCUCCGCACUCACAUCCCCGUCGAAUACGCAAAACACCUCGUCUCCAUCUCCGAAGCACCCGGUGCUGCAUCCGUAACAGCACACUUCGCCGACGGCACACACGCCACGGGCCGUGUUAUUGUCGGCGCAGACGGCGUCGGGAGUAAAGUCCGCGCCCACAUCCUGCCCGACACACACCCGUCCCUCGUCCCGGUAACGCUCAUCACAGGCGAACUCCGCGUCCGCGGCACCGAGCUCGCGCACCAACUCUCCCUCGCGCGCUCCGCGUACGUUGCAUUUGGGCCGUCCAACACACACCUGUUCGUCGGGCUCGACCGUAUCUCCGACGACGGGGCGGAAGGCGCGUAUUACUGGGACAUGAUCAUCGAUGCGCCGGGGAAAAGCGCGCCUGACGCAGAACAGUCGGCGGCGGAGCAGCUGUGUGUUGCGAAGGAGAUGGCGGCGGCGUUUGAGCCGGAGUUGACGCGGUUGAUUCAUCUUACGGGCGAGGAGGGGAUCCAUCGGCCGCGGCUUGUGUUGCGCGAUGCGGUGAUUCCGGGGAUGCCGAGGACGCGGGUGACGCUGAUGGGGGAUGCGGCGCAUCCUAUGACGCCUUUUCGCGGCGAGGGCGGCUGUCAGGCGAUUCGAGAUGCGCUGAACCUUGCGCGUGUGCUUAUCCAGUCUGAUGAUGCAGACCUGCUCGCCAACUUGGAUGCCUACCAGGUUGAGAUGUUGCAGAGAGGAGGGGAGGCCGUGCGGCGAUCUCGGGGCGCUGGGUCGGGUGAGCAGGAUGCGGGCGAGAGGAUGGCUUGGGGGACGAAGUUGAGGAGAGUGGUGGACUGA